UUGGUCAACUGUAGAACAUGCACAGACUUCCAUAAUCAUAAUAUUAAAUCCGGUGUGAACAAAGUAAGCAAUGCAUGCGGCGGUUUUACAAUCAAAGUGCGUGCUGAUAAUUUUACUGAGCGUGAUUGUUUCAGUGUUCUCGACGGGACAGAAAUGUUUAGCAUGUACGAACAUUUCACGUCCGUGGUUUUGUGACAACUACAUCCACUGUGAGGAAGGAGAGAUCUGCCAUAUCCGGAAAAUAUCAACACGGAACGGCCAUGUCCAAUACACAUCUGGCUGUAUCAGCGACAGGAGUUGUGCAGUAGACGGUUCGCUGCAUGGGUCUUUCGGCACUCCCUACGGCCAUGUCACGUGCGUCGAGUGUUGCAAUGGUGAUUUCUGUAACAACAAAGGGUGUGGAGAUCCAGGACCUCCAGGACGUGACAUGCGCGGGCCUUUGUGUUUCCGGUGUGACAAUAUGACAUCUUCAGUCAAUUGUCGGACGCUCACCUCCUGUAGCUCCGACCAGGUUUGCAGCAUCAACAAAUCAAUGGUUGAUGGUAGCUCUGUCUUCACAAGUGGAUGUGUCCUGAAAACGACGUGUCCACAACCCCAAUACUUGUUAGGGAGGGACGCUGCUUCACGUGAGCAGGACCAGCCGGCCAGUCUCUGCCAUUCCUGCUGUUCUAACGACUACUGUAACACGGAAUGUCAACGAAGUUUUUGAAAUGUUUAUUUUCUUUCUGCAUCAUAUACAUGAUAUACAUUGCCUUAAUAAGGUGCAUACAUUGUAUUACAAUAUAGAAAUUCAUUUGUUUUGCUUCUUCAUUUUCAACAAGAUACAAGUAUUCUGCUCUUGUUUGGUAAAUUCUUACAAUUUUGUUAAGCUCUAAAGGGUUUUCAUACCUACAUGUAUCAUUGUAUUUGGUUGGACUGUUGGUAUCCAUUUAUACGGCAUGUUCCGUUUGAAGAGAGAAUACAGAUUUGCUAGUUCGUUCCAAUUUAUAACCUUGA